CAAGGACAUGGAGCUCCAAUUUCUAUUUUGUUGGUAGACCACAUGUCUACCUGUCUUGGUCUUCUCUUUACAACUUCAUUCUCCUUCUCUAAUUCUCACUAUUCCUAAUAUCUCAUACCUAUCAAUUUCUCUUUUCUUUUCGAAGAGUAACUUCUUGUUACCUGUAUACCGUGUCGAUUCACACGUGCUUCCUGUGACACGGCAUAUGUGUCAGGGGUGAAGCUGUGACGUAGUGGCCGCCAAAUCCGUCCGUUCGGUCUGUAUUUGAUCUCCGAGACACAAAAUGACGGUCGACAAGAGGACCAAGUUGGUCGUUGUCGGCCUAGGAAUGGUCGGCAUCGCCUUCAUAGAAAAAGUCUUAAAGCUUGAUGCUAGGGCCCGAGAAUACGAUAUCGUCGUUAUUGGCGAAGAACCCCACCUCGCCUAUAACCGAGUUGGUCUCACAAGUUUCUUUAACCACCGAAAAGUCGAGAACUUAUAUCUAAACCCCAAAGAAUGGUAUGCGUUAUAUACUCCGGAUAGCAAAUUAAAUUACCACCUGAAUACGCUGGUCACAAGUAUCGACUCCACCAACAAGACUGUGUCCUGCGCCAAUGGCGAUGUCGUUUCGUAUGAUAUCCUGGUCCUGGCAACCGGCUCCGAUGCUGUACUCCCAAGGCACACCCCUGGCCAUGAUGCCAACGGAGUAUUCGUAUACCGGACCAUCGAGGAUCUACAGAAACUUAUUGCCUUCGGAGAGUCACACAAGGGAACAGUCGGUGCUGUCGUUGGUGGUGGCUUGUUAGGCCUUGAAGCAGCCAAUGCUAUGAUGGACCUAAAAUGUUACGAAAAAGUGAAACUGAUAGAAAGGAAUCGAUGGGUCCUAAGCCGCCAGCUCGAUGCUGAUGCCGGUAACCUCGUCGUCGAAAAGGUUACUGAUUUGGGACUCGAGAUCCUAUUAAGUAAAAGGGUCGGCAAGAUAAAAACCGACGAGGGAAAUAACGUAACGGGUGUCAUAUUUGAAGAUGGAGAACAAAUGGAUUGUUCCACCAUAUGCUUUGCUAUCGGUGUACGACCCCGAGAUAGCUUGGCGAGGAGUGCUGGCAUUAAGUGUGCCGAUCGAGGGGGCGGGAUCCUCGUCAACAACGAUCUAAGUACUAGUGCCCCAGAUAUCUAUGCCAUCGGCGAAUGCGCAAGUUGGCAAAAUCAGACCUUUGGCCUCAUCGCUCCUGGAGUUGAGAUGGCCGACGUCUUAUCUUUCAAUCUCACACAAGCCAAACUACAUCACCCUCGAGUUUUCAAACGACCGGAUUUAAGCACGAAGCUUAAGUUACUUGGAGUUGAUGUUGCAAGCUUUGGCGACUUCUUUGCCGAUAGAGAUGGACCUAGCUCCUUACCAGCAAAGGCAGCGAGAAAGAAGACGGAAGACCAAAGUAUUGUCAAAACGGUUGUCAGCGGGCCUCCUCCGCCACCCGUCAAGGCUCUGACCUAUAAGGACCCCUUCGCUCAAGUGUACAAAAAAUACCUAUUCACAACUGACGGCAAAUAUCUGCUUGGCGGGAUGAUGAUUGGCGACACGAGCGAUUACAUAAAACUAGUGCCUAUGGUCAAGAACCAAAAAGAACUUGACAUUCCCCCUUCCCAACUUAUACUUGGCGCGAAGAAAGAUGGUGAUGACGGUGCCGAUGACCUUGAUGAUGAUACUCAGAUCUGCUCUUGUCAUAAUGUGACUAAGGGCGAUGUGGUGAAAAGCGUCAAGGAUGGUACGUGCAAGACAGUUGGUGAUGUCAAGGCAUGUACCAAGGCUGGUACAGGCUGCGGUGGUUGCAUGCCACUUGUCACCAGCAUCUUCACUAAAACCAUGACCGAUAUGGGUGCUGAGGUUACCAAUUAUCUCUGCGCCCACUUCAACUACUCCCGUGCUGAUCUGUACAAUAUCAUCAUGAUAAAGAGGCUGAAAACGCUGCCCGACGUCAUGCGAGAGGCGGGAAACGACAAAAGCUCAGACGGUUGUGAAGCUUGUAAGCCUGCCGUAGCCAGCAUAUUCGCGUCGUUAUGGAAUAAGCACGUCAUGGAUAAGACCACACAUGGUCUACAGGAUACCAAUGACAGAUUCUUGGGAAAUAUCCAACGGAACGGCACAUUUUCAGUCAUUCCUCGUGUAUCUGCGGGAGAGAUUACACCAGAUAAACUGAUCGUCAUCGGUGAAGUUGCUAAAAAGUACAACUUAUACACCAAAAUCACCGGUGGGCAACGUAUCGAUAUGUUUGGCGCUAAGAAGCAAGACCUGCUGGACAUAUGGACACGAUUGAUAGAGGCUGGUAUGGAAAGUGGACACGCCUAUGCUAAGUCCUUACGUACCGUCAAGAGCUGCGUUGGUACGACGUGGUGUAGGUUCGGUGUUGGUGAUAGCGUGGGUAUGGCUGUUCGCAUCGAAGAGCGAUAUAAGAGCAUACGAAGUCCCCAUAAGAUAAAAGGUGGUGUAAGCGGUUGCGUGCGUGAAUGCGCCGAGGCUCAAAACAAAGACUUCGGACUCAUCGCAACAGAAAAGGGCUUCAACAUAUUCGUCGCGGGUAAUGGUGGAGCAAAGCCAAAGCACUCGGAACUCCUAGCCAAGGAUGUUCCACCAUCAGAAGUCGUCCCGAUCCUAGAUCGGUACUUGAUGUUCUAUAUCCGCACAGCGGAUAAGCUCCAGCGAACGGCUCGGUGGUUAGAAAACUUACCGGGUGGUUUAAGAUACCUCAAGGAAGUUGUCCUCGAGGAUAAACUCGGCAUAUGUGCUUCGCUCGAAGCUCAAAUGCAAGAACUGGUUGACUCAUUCUUCGACGAAUGGGCCGAAGCCAUCAAAAACCCUAUCAUCGCAGCCAAAUUUAAACAAUUCGCCAACACAGACGCCACAGUCGAGAAUAUGGAAACCGAAAAAGAUCGCGAUCAAACACGGCCGGUAUACUGGCCUAAAGACGCCGCAGAGGAGGACUUCAAGGGAUUAAAAGACCGUUGGUCUAGCACAUCCUGGCAACCCGUCAUUGAAGCCAGCUACUUCACGGGCGCGGAUGCCACGCCCAAUGGUAUCAGCGCCAAUAUCAAGCGCGGCGACACACAACUUGCGCUAUGGCGCGUCAGGGGGAAAUACUAUGCUACGCAGCAAAUGUGUCCUCAUAAACGCUCCUUCGCGUUAUCAGAUGGACUUAUUGGACAAGACAUCUCUUCACCUCCAACAGACGCAAAGAAAGAACCUUGCGGUGACACCAAAGCCCCUUGGAUCUCAUGCCCCUACCACAAGCGUAACUUCGAUCUAGGCGAUGGCACCUGUCGCAACGACGCACAACUAUCCAUUGCUACCUUCGAGGUCGAGGAGCGAACGGAUGGGUUAGUCUACUUGAAACUUCCACCUGUCGAAGAGUUAGAUGCUGCACUAGGCACGAGUAAAUGGAUGGUAAAGAAGGAAGAUGGCGGGAAGGGACAGUUUGAGGAGUUGGAUCGGAAGAUCGGGUUUAAGGGUAGGAGAGGGAAGAAGCCUACUGCGGAAUUUGGGACUGGGAUGAGGAAACCGGUGGAGGUGCUUCCUGCGGCGGCGGUGGGCGGAGGAUGUGGUGCUGCGCCUGAGUGGUAGUUGGGUGUGAUGUAUCAGGUUUAGGUGUCUUAUUUCCGGGUUUUGUUUGCGUGUUGCAGCAUCGGAUAUAUCAUAUGGAUUACAAUAGUUUAUGCUUAAAUUGACGUGUCAAGACAACAUCGUGUGUAUUACCAGCAUUAUGUCUAUACUUCCACGUACGUAAUCAUGGCUCCCUACACCACCAUCGCUAGGUGCUGAUGAAGGCGUAUGAUAGUUAGCUAGAUUAUUAUCCUUGCUUGAUUUAAAAUGAAGGGAUAACAUGUAGCGAUAUCUGCUGACAUACACAUUCAAGGAG